AUGUCUGCCGCUGCCUUGCAAAUCCAAACUCUGGAAGAUGAGGAUUCACAAUGGGGUGGUUCUUCAGAAGGUCGUACCUAUAAGGCCAGGGAUCGAGAACUGAUGGAUCUUCGACUUAAAGCUCAAUAUUUCACGGAUCCGUGCAGGUAUGAACCAAACAUAUUUCGCAGGCGAUAUAGAAUGCAACCUUGGGUCUUUGACAAGAUGAUGCGCGACGUGGCCAACUACGACCCAUAUUUUGUUCAAACAAGAAAUGCUUGUGGGAGACUCAGCUUAUCCACUGAACAAAAGUUGACAUGCGCCAUGAGAAUGCUCGCGUAUGGCAUCACAGCUGAUUUCUGUGAUGAUUACCUAGAUAUUGCGAAGAUCACUGCCAUUGAGAUUUUUGAGCACUUCACAAAAGCAAUCUGGAAUGUGUACCAUGAGACUUACCUCCGCCGACCAACACCGGCAGAUUUACGACGGCUGCUUGACAAAGCUGCAGAACGGGGAUUCCCGGGGAUGAUCGGUAGCCUUGAUUUUGAUGGCAUAUACCUUAAGUGGGGGUCAUUUGUACAAGCAAUCCGAAACCCGAGGUCGCCGCAGACACAACAUUUCACAAGGAUGCAGGAAGCAUACAGAAAAGACGUGGAGAGAGCAUUUGGUAUUCUCCAAGCUCGUUGGGCAAUCAUAAGAGUACCAGCUCGUGGGUGGAGUAAGGGGAACCUUCAAUACAUCAUGAUGACGUGCAUUAUCUUGCAUAAUAUGAUUGUUGAAGAUGAGCAUGAUGAAGAUGCAGCGCAGCCAUUUGAUCCAGAUGAUAUCCCAACCAGACCAAGGAAAGCAGAAAUAUAUAAGAGACCAGUAAUGGACACCGAUGUUGAUCGCAAUCCGUAA